AUGAAUAGAGCGCUGAGUGAACUAUAGCUUGUAAUUUUCAAUAUUUCUCUUUCGCCUGAUUUUGAUCAAGCCAAUCAUAAUAGAAGACACAACUAUGUCUCAACAUCAAUCAAUUAAGAUUAAUUCAGUCAAGACUAGAUAAUCUUUCAUGAAGUAAAGUAAGAAAACAAGGUACUUGAAGAGUUUAACAAUUUGAUCAAAAGAAUCGACACUAAAGUCAUUUUGAAUAUAGGCUUCAUGAAUUCAUCCGAGUAAAUAUGUCCACUCUUGAAAUCCUUGCUAUCUUGCUACUCGAAUAAUAGAGUCUUUAAGCUUUACAUUAAAGCAAGGAAGUUACACAUUAAAAACUGCUUGAUUGAUGUGUUUCAUAAUUAAGAAAAUGAACAGUCAAAUAUCUCAUCAUAAGACUAAAAUGGCAAAGAGAUUAAUAUUGAUGAGGAAAAUUAUGAUAUGGUAUCAGAACUGGUAAAAAUAAUUAAUAAAGAGGCCAAUAUUGAUAAGGAGAUAUUUCAAUAGAUGUAAUUUGAUUUGAAUGCUAAGCUAGAUUAGAUGAUGAAGUAGAUUUACCUUAAAUUUAUUCAAAGACAUCUUUAAGAUGUGCUCAAGGACGUAAGUCUUGUUGAAACUGAUUUCAGCAAUUGGAAUUCUAUAUAUUCUAACUUGAGAAAUUUAAAAUCAAAAUAUAGUAUCGAUUUGGACUUGAUUUAGAUUGAGAUGAAAUAAGUGGAAUAAAAUGUAGCUGGUGCUCUAAAUUUAAUGAUUUAAAGAGAGUAACAAGCAGUUGAAUAAGUCAUAAAUUCAAAGUUUAAAUAGUUGAAGGCAUAAGUUGAAGAUUAGUAUGCAAUUGAUUACGAUGAAAUUAAAGAUAUUGCCAAAGAAGAAUAGGUAUUCUAAGAGAUUUAUUAAUAAAGCACACUUCAUAAUUUUGGAAAUAAAAUGCUAGAGUCUCAUGAAAGAUGCUUUUCACCACCAAGUUUAGUAUCUUCAUAAGUUCCCAGCUCAGUUUAAACUAAUGUUAAGUCAUCAACGAGAGGAAUACCCUUACUAUAUACAUCCCAAAACAUGAUUCUUAGCAAUAUCUACAAUAAAUCACCUGAAAAAAACAAAAAAAAUAAGUGA